AUGGCCGAGGAGAUUGAUGAGCAGGCGAUGGUUGAGUAUUUGAGAAAUAAUCGCCUCUUCAGCAAAGCGUGGUUUGUUCAGAACGCUCCGAAAGAGUUCAUUCAAGAGUGGUUCAACUUUCGGCGUCAGCCACUUUCUAACAGCGCCAAGGUUAAACUGUCAACGGCCGAGUCAAGUGCGGUCACUUCCAAUGGGACUUACAACCCCAAUGCCAUCUUCCUCAGUGUGAGCAACCUUCUAGAGGAUGAGCGUCAUGAUGAUGAUGAUGAUGAACAGUUGACCGCAUCUGCUUACGCGCAGAUUGCCCGCGAUGGCCGCAACUCGAUUACGCUGGAGCUGUUCCAUGACAUUGUCUCUCGAGGCUCGAUGAAGAAAAAAUCAAGAGAGCAACUGUCGCGUGAGCAACUUAAGGAAAAAUUUCAAGGCAUGAACGAACACGAGCUAUUCAUGGAACUUAUCAGUGACAUAACCAACGAACUUGAUAUUGACACUCUGUGUCAUAAGAUUCUAGUCAACGUUUGCAUACUCACCAACAGUGAUAGGGCGUCACUGUUCCUUGCCAAGGGCAGCCGUGAUCGUCGUUUCCUCAUAGCACAGCUUUUCGAUGUCACACCGGAAUGCCUCAUUGAAGACGCCUUGAUGGCUGCGGAAGAGUACAAAAAGAUUCCGCCGAUGCCUUUUGGUACAGGUAUCGUUGGACACGUGGCGCUGUCUAAGCAAAACGUCAACAUUGAAGACGCUUAUGAGGAUUCUCGCUUCAAUAAAGACAUCGACUCGCGCACGGGCUAUCACACUAAAUCACUUAUGUGUCAGCCAAUUGUCAACUUUGGAGGAGACGUCAUUGGAGUGGCUGAGUGCAUCAACAAGUUGAGUGAUGAUCAAAAAUUUACCAAAGAAGACGAAGAGGUUUUUCAAAAGUACCUCACCUUUUGUGGCAUUGGCAUUCAAAAUGCACAACUUUUUGAAAUGUCAGUUCUUGAGUACAAAAGAAAUCAACUUUUGCUUAGUUUGGCACGAACCAUUUUUGAAGACACUUCAUCUCUUGAUGUUCUUAUUAACAAGAUUAUGGUGAAAGCAAAAGGCAUGCUUGAUUGUGAAGUUUGUCGUGUUUAUCUGGUAGACAACGAGCACGAUGCUGUUGAUGCAAAGUACACUUUCAAAGCAAUAUUUGAGCUAAAAAACGAAAGCGACGAUGUUCAGAUGAUUGAAAUAAAUUCUGAAACAGACACAGACUAUGUAGAAUAUGCUCGGCAAGUGGCUUUGACGGGAAAGGAUGGCGUCUACUCUGACUCUAUUUUGUCAGUGCCCAUUCUUAAUGACCAUAAAAAGGUUCUUGGAGUGGCCCAACUUAUCAAAACGCAGAAGGAAACAUUUAAUGAUGUAGACAUUGGAACUCUAGAGGGAUUUUCAAUUUUCAUUGGCUUGGGAAUCCACAAUUGUAUGAUGUACGAAAGGGCACUCAAGUUGAAUGCUCGUCAAAAAGUUGCCUUAGAAGUUCUUGCAUAUCACGCCUCCUCUACCAUUGAAGAGACGGUGGAAUUUAUGAAUACACCGGUGGCCAGUGCAGAGACGUACAACAUUUACAGUUUUCAGUUUGACGAUUUAGUUCUCAGCGACAAGGAGACUUGUCAAGCAACUAUACGAAUGUUCACUGAAUUGAACUUUUUAAACCAAUUCCGCAUUUCCUAUAUGGUCCUGUGCAGAUGGACACUGAGCAUAAAAAAGAAUUACAGACAGGUUCUGUACCACAACUGGCGUCAUGCACUUAAUGUUAGCCAAUCAAUGUUCAUAAUGCUAACGACAUAUGGUUUGAAUGAACUUAUGACGCCACAGGAGCAAUUAGCCUUAAUUGUCGCUUCAAUGUGCCAUGACUUGGAUCAUCGAGGAACCAACAACUCUUUUCAAACCAAAAGCGGUUCUCCACUUGCCACUUUAUACAGCUCUAGUAUCAUGGAAAAUCAUCAUUUUUAUCACUGCCAGCUAAUUCUCAAGGCAGAAGGCAACAACAUUUUAAAGUCCCUUACUGGACCUGAAUACAAGGAGAUAAUCAAAAUAAUCGAGCAGUGCAUUUUGUCAACCGAUUUGGAGCAAUACUUCAAGAAAAAGGAUAAAUUUGCCGAACUAGUGAGAUCAGGUGAAAAAGAGUGGAAAGAUCCGCAUAAGCGGGAUCUUAUUCGGGCGAUGAUGAUGACCGCCUGCGACCUCUCGGCAAUUUGCAAGCCUUGGCGUGUUCAAAAGCGAGUUGCAGAGAUGGUGGCUUCCGAAUUUUUCGAACAAGGGGACCUUGAGAAAAGCAUGCAGCAAACUCCGAAUCCAAUGAUGGAUCGGAAUCGCAAAGACGAACUGCCGUCAAUGCAAGUCGGGUUUAUUGAGCACAUCGGGUUGCCGCUUUAUCAGGUUAACAUCUCAUAUUUCUAA